UUAGGCGUGGCAUCGGUCAGAAGCAGACGUAAAUUGAACUCAUUCAAUUAACGAUAGAUUGUCAAAACCUAGAAGAUAAUAAUAUUGUUUAAUUUGUACUUAUUUAGUAUAUUUGAUAUAACGUGGUGAACAUGAGGCCACAACAGAAUGGAGAUGAUGGUUUUGAGGAGCCAGAGGUGCACCGUAAAAUUUUCAUCGGUGGUUUGAAUUAUCGUACCUCCGAUGAAUCUUUGAAGUCACAUUUUGAAAAAUGGGGAGAAAUUGUGGACGUUGUUGUAAUGAAAGACCCGAAAACCAAGAGAUCUCGCGGUUUCGGAUUUAUCACCUACUCUAAGGCGCACAUGGUUGAUGACGCGCAGAAUAAUAGGCCGCAUCGUAUUGACGGACGUAUUGUUGAAACCAAAAGAGCUGUAGCUAGACAAGAUAUCAAAAACCCUGAAGCUGGAGCUACAGUUAAGAAAUUGUUUAUUGGGGGUAUUAAAGAUGACCAUGAUGAGGAACAACUGAGAGAAUAUUUCUCUAACUAUGGCAACGUACAAAACGUUAGCAUUGUUACUGAUAAGGGAACAGGAAAGAAACGCGGUUUUGGUUUUGUUGAAUUUGAUGACUAUGACCCUGUUGACAAAAUUUGCUUAAAUGCUCCACACAAAAUUAAUGGCAAACAAUUAGAUGUUAAGAAAGCUUUGCCUAAAGAUGGUUCUGACCAAAGAGGAGGAAGACAGGGCCCAGGAAGGAAUGACAACUGGGGCAAUGGAGGAGGCUAUGGAAAUAGUCAAGGAGGAUGGAAUAACUCCAACCCUUGGGAUAACAACCAAGGAGGAGGUUGGGGAGGUAAUCAGGGGGGUGGGUAUGGUGGUGGAAACCAAAGGGGUGGAGGAGGUGGUUGGGGUAGCAACCAAGACUUUGGCAGUUACAAUCAACAGGGAUACAGUGGUGGACCCACUCGUAGCCAGCAAUAUAGCAACAACCGGUCGGCUCCUUACAAUGUAAACCAAGGAGGUGGCGGUGGUGGCUAUAGUGGCAACUAUGGGGGUGGCCAAGGCAGAGGAGGCAGAUUCUAAAACACGUUUCGUGCUAAGUACACUAGUAGUGCAGAUAGAUCGUGCUAGUGUAGGUAGUACGCUCCGGAGCACUAGUUACUCGACUCGGUCUACAUGAGAGACCACCUACAAGCCCGUCAGGAUACCUAUAGAUAUAGUUGGAACUCUUAAUGAUAUCUCUUAGAAAGUAUGAAUAGAAUAUUUUUAAUAUGUACUGAUAUGUAAGUUGAUCUAUUUAUUGUAGUACUUUAGGUGCUUACGUGACUAUUUAUAAGGUUAAUUAAUAAUAUAUAUAAUCGUAGUUACAACUUCUAUGUCUUGCAAACUAAUACAAAGUGCAGUGGCAUUUGUAGAAAAAAAUAUAAAAUCAUUGAAACAACACUCAUAAGUAGGUUCCGUAAUAACUCAUAAAUAAAUAUUCACCUGGAAUUUGAAGCAGUUUUUGUUCUAGCUUCUAUUAAAGUCAGGGAUAAAAGAAUUACCACAUGUUUUUAAAGCAAAAUGGUUUCUGUAUGUAUCUUAUUGGUUUCAAAAACUGAUAAUGUUGUUACUAAAGAUUCUGACUGAUUGAAACUGUUAGAAAGAUUGAAAAUUUAUAUAGGAUGGGGCUGUCUUUGCUAAUAGUGAAGGGCGUACUUAGUGAUUUUUUUCUCCUUGAAUUUAUUGAAUUUACAGCUGAGGAAGUAGAAUUAUUAUUGGAGGCUAAAAAGAAAAAUGGUUUAGUUUCACUGGCUAUCCAAUAACAUCCAUACAGAAAAUAGGAAACUUAGUGGAAGUCUAAACUGGAAUUUUUAUAUCCAAAGAUAUUGAUUUUAGGUAAGGAAUACCCACCACUCUGCUUAGAAUUCAAUUUAUGAGGUCUUCUAGGUAAUCUUGAUUAUAUAUAAUAUUAAUAAGUAUUAGGACCAGAUGUGAAAAUAUCUUUCACUUUUAUACAGAUAUGUAAGUACAAUAUAGGAUAAACUUGUAAAAGCACCUAGAGCUAGAAAGCUAGGCAAUUCAGAAUUAAGGUGACAUAAGUUAUAAAUAGAUCAUGACUUUAUUUUUCUGACUUUUAUUCAGUAUUAAGUACUGAAAUAGUUGUGAAACAGUAGGUGUUAGUGAAUGUAUAGGCUAAUUAUUGUAAUAAAAUUCUAAUAAAAAAACCAGUAGGGUUUAUUUGGAUAUAAUUUGUAUAUAUUCCUUAAUUUCGCCUGAAAUUACACAAUAGAUUCUCUAAAA